CCCGCCCCCGCCCGUCGGUGACGUCAGGGACGCUGCCCCGGAAGCGCUCGCGUCUUUCCCCGUCUUUGUUUUAUCGCUUCCGGGUGGCGGGUGACGCCCUUUCCGGUCUGGGCUGGCGGCGAGGUAUCUCCUCUUGCACAUCCCUGCGUGGUACCACAUAGAAAAAUAAGAUGCAGAACGACGCUGGGGAAUUUGUGGACCUGUAUGUGCCUCGUAAAUGCUCUGCUAGCAACCGAAUAAUUGGUGCUAAGGACCAUGCUUCCAUUCAAAUGAAUAUUUCUGAGGUUGACAAGGUCACAGGCAGAGUCAAUGGCCAGUUCAAAACUUAUGCCAUUUGUGGAGCAAUUCGUAGGAUGGGUGAAUCUGAUGAUUCUAUUCUGCGUCUGGCAAAAAAUGAUGGGAUUGUUUCCAAGAAUUUCUAACUGAAGAUGCCCUCUGAUAUGGAACGUUUUGUUGUAAAAUAAACAGCUCAAACAUA